UCAACCAAUCACGUGUAGCGGGGAUGGUGGCAAACGCGUCGCCUCUGCCAGCACAUUAAUUUGGACCAGUUAUUGCGCCUCUGCUUUCAUGGCAUCAACACCAGACGACCAAAGAUGAGUCGUUUUACGGUGGUGAUGGGGAUGAUAGUGGCGGUGUGUCGACAGCCGCUUCACGCCCUCCCUCAGUUCCUGUCUCCUGUUGCAGAGACUGGAGAUGAGAUGAGCAUAUCUUGGGGAGCAGCGACGAAGGCUGUGUUGGAUGAGUCAUUGUCCCCUCAUUGCUCCGUGGUACUAAUGACCGACUCUCCCUUUAUUGUGUACUCCCUCUCACAGGUACUGAGGAACAAGUGGGCAUUUAAGCUGCUACAGGUGGCUGGUAACGAGACUCUUACCUCCCUGCCGAGAAUGGUGAAGGAAGCAAGGAAGAUGCGGCGCCGGUCUAGGUGCGUGGCGGUGCUGGUUGUUAGCAUUCAUCCCUCCUUCCUCCUGGCCUUCGCAAAAGAGAGUCGUGAGGCACGGCUGCUGGUGUGGAAGACUCGGCUGUUAGUUGUGACAAGUUUGACAUCCUACAAAGCACAUGAUCUCCUGCGCCGACACUGGACGUUUUCUAUGAUGAACACGGUCCUGCUCAAUCUGGAUCCUGCCACUGAAACAGGCGAGAUGUUGGUGUAUUUCCCUUACACUAGCAACGGAGGAGCACGGGUGGUGGGUGCGGGGCGCUGGUCCUCCCUGGGCGGUCUCACAUAUCGAGGCGACACACAGCGGCUCUUCACUGAAAAGUUCUCAAACUUCCACGGCGCCAUGAUUCCAGUGACAGCACUCAUCCUGCCGCCGUUCUGGAAGGUGGUAGACCCGCAGGCUGCCGAUAGCUGGUCCAAAUAUUCAGGGCGAGACUGCCUCAUCAUGAAGUCUGUUGCGAGGAUGCUCAACUUUACCUUCCAGAUGUUUAAGAGUUCCAAUAUUGAUGAGAUCAUGGCAAGCUUAGAGGCGGAUCUUGUUAUGAUCUCGGGUUUCCGUAUAAUGUUGAUCCCACAAGUUCUGGCGCGGAUUGACCACUCGUACUUCAUAGAUCGCGCCUCCUUCACCUUCAGCAUGGCCAAGCCUACCAUUCAGCCCCAGUGGCAGAGUUUGUACUACCCCCUGGGACCUUGGGUGUGGCUCUCCGUCCUCAUCACCACCAUUGCCGUGUCCAUCCUCAUGUACACGAUUUAUUACAUGGAUGAAGACUUAAAGAGUCGAUCUGCGGUGCUCGAGACAGUGGGAAUGUUGUUGGGACAAGACAUGUGGCUCCGAAUGCCCAAGUGGACUGCGGCGAGACUUCUAGUGCUGCUGUGGCUGGUGCUCGUCUUCGUGAUCAGCACUGGGUAUAAAGGCACACUCAUCGCUUUCCUCUCUGUGCCCAAUUAUCCAACCCGCCCGGAAACGAUGGAGGAACUCGCCAUGAGUAACGUUAGAUCGCUUUUUACUCAGAAUGCCACCAGGUUCCUGACAUACUUCGAACAGUCAAACAUACCUGCCUACAGGAGCGUCGGUAGCCGAGUGGACAUCGUGACAAGUGUCAAGGAAGGAUUGCAGCAAAUAUUGGAGGAAAGGAAGGCGUUUUUUCACGAAAGAUACAACACCAUGUUGCAAAUCGCCGAGUACUUUACGAAUCCCGAUGGUUCUACGCGCCUCUACGUGGCACGACAGAAUGUGAUCCCCAACUACGCAGGAUGGAUGAUGCCACACGAUGCGCCCUACAAGCAGGACGUGGACCGCUCCUUGCUCCGCGUCAUCGAGAGCGGCCUUAAGGAGAAGUUCACGGACAAUAUGUUGCGUGAAGCAUGGCAAGAGAUCCGUUUGAAACAGAAGGAAUACCCAAAGACAGAACAAGAAGAAAAAGAUGAGACAGAGGAAGAUCCAAACAAGGAUCAGUCUGAUGACCUUCAUAAGUCUCUGAGUCUGGAUCAUAUGCAGGGCGCCUUUUGGAUCCUGUUACUAGGAUCUGUAUUGGGUGUGUUAGCUUUCCUCGGGGAGCUCUUAGCGGACCGCGGACCAUCAGGACGCGCUACUGUUAUCCAUUAAAUGCACUGAGGACUUAACUCCUAUUCUUUGGCCGACGAAGAUAUUUUCAAAAGGAAAUGCAAAUGAAAAAGUUAAACAAAUCAUGAAGUGUUCUUUUUCUGUUACUGAGGGUGUGAUGAGAUGUCACAUAGCCUGAGGUGUGGUAAUGGCACUCGGGGGCAAGCUAGAGGGGAUUCGAUCUAAAUGAGCAUUUAUGUAAUUGAUUGUUUAUCCUUUCUUUGGAGCAUUAUAAGCAUUCCUUGCUCUUUCUUAUAAAAUGACAAUCUUUGGAAUGAUGGAGAGAGCAAGGACACAUUAAAAACAUCUGUACCAAA